AUUUACAAACUAGAGAUCAUAACAACGAGGAAGAAGGAUCAUGAACGUUUCGACAAAAUGGAAUUAUUAUUGAUAGUAAAAUAUCUAUUGAUAGUAAAAUAUCUAAGAAAAUAAUUUAUUUAAAUAGAAAACUUCAAAAUUUCUACUUCAUUUCAAAAUGAUGAAAGAAGUAAUUUAUUCUUGGUUAGAAGAAGGCUUUUCAAAAUAUGAUAAAUCCCUUGAAGAUGACAAAAAGCAAGAACACACCGUGUUUCCGCUCUUAAUUAGUGAAAUCGGUGUAAAAAUUACACCUAAUCCUCUUUUUUCCGUGUAUCUUGGUGAAACGGAAUUAGAUUCGAGUUUUUUAACUGAGUAUCUAGAUACAAUUCAAGAUAGUUUGCGCCAAGGGAAAAAAAGAUCAGAGGGAACACAUUCUACGAUCGAAAAUAUAGAUAGAAGCCAAUCUUCGGCUAUUAAAAAGAAUAAAAUCGAAAUUGAUUAUGAGAGGAAGAACAUAUUUCUUAGCAGCAAAAUUAUACCCCUCUUUGAAAUUGCAGAUACAUACAUUUCAAAUUGGUCUCCUGAAUACCAAAAUGUCUUUUCUAAAAAUAAUAACUAUAAACAGGCAUUGGAUUACUGUCAAAAGUUUCCAUCUAAUUUUCAGGAUAAAAGUACUCUUAUUGGAACUGUAGAUGUCAGUGUAAAACAAAUUGAAACAACACCAAUUAUCCUCGAAGAUAAGUCAUUUUUAGUGAAUGCAUAUUUAAUGGGAAAACAUUAUAGUAGGAAAGAAUUAUAUGUAAAGCCCACUCCAAAAACAUUUCAACAAUAUAUAGAGUCACGAACAACCUUUAGAGAUUUCAGAGAAUUUCAUCACAAACUUCCUGAAAAUCUGGAAAUUUUAAAAAGAAUGAAAACAAAACUUUAUGUGAUUGAAAAAGCUUUAAAUUAUAACACCAAUGAAAAAACAAUUGUAUCAUUUAGCAGUUCUGUGGAUCCAUCUGAGCUUAGUUCUGCUUUAGAGACCAAGCAAUCUGAAUGUUCAACAAUUUCUCAAGUCACUGCUCGACAGUGCCUAGAGUUUUAUUUACCAACUUUAAAAAAUAAAUACAGUGUUACUUGCAUUGAAAGCAAUCCUUUAAAUCCUAGCAUUUUUGUUUGUGGUUAUAGUACACUCUCUGAUGAGGAAACAGAACAUGAAGCUCGAGGUAUUGUUUUAUGCUGGACCAUCAAUAAAUGCGGAUAUCCUGAAAGAAUAUAUUAUUUAGAAGAAGCUGUUACAUCUAUUGAUAUAUCUGAGUCUAAGCCUUACUUGAUUGCUGUAGGUAUGCGCUAUGGUUUAGUGGCAGUGAUUGAUUUACAACAGUCUGAUAAUACCUCAUAUGUUACGAACAGAUCUUCUAAAGAUCGACCUGUUGGCACAAUUAAAAGCAUAAGAUGGAUGUUGAAAAGAUAUUCAUUAAAUGAAACCGUCGAAAUUUUGUUAGCAGUUUCAGUAGAUGGGUUUGUUACUUCUUGGAAAUAUAGAAAAGACCUGGAAGGGAAUGUUCUUACUACUAUUAAAAAAGAAUUAUCAGAACAGAAAGCGAAUAAGCAAUUUCAUAUUAGUAAUGCAACACUUUGUAUGUGCAUGCAUCCAAAUCCAGAUAAUGAUGAUAUUUUUGCUGUUGGGACAAUUGAAGGAAAAGUUUUCAUUUUGAACUUAAACAAUCCAGAUGAUCAUAUUACUAUAAAAAAUUGUCACUUUGGUUCUGUGAAUGAUAUAAAAUGGUCACCCCUUGCUAAAAAUGUUUUUUUCACAUGCAGUACUGAUCGUUACUUGCAUAUUUGGGAGCUUGACAAGACCAAGCCAUCAAAGACCCUUAUUUUACCUGAUAAUAUUCUUAGUAUGUCUUUAUCUUCUAUUAAUUCUACCUUAUUUUCUGCAAUAACAAAGCAUAGAUUGUAUAUUUAUGAUUUGUCUACUGACUUACAUAAACCAAUCGUUGAAGUGGGUUCUAAAGAAAAUGCAUUCACAGCUUUAAAGUUUUGCCCAUAUAAUGACUGGCUUUUUGUAGGUCAAUCUGAUGGAAAGGUUGUUUUAUUUGAAGUAACUCAUACUGUGUCAAAGUUAAGGGCUAUUGAAUCAGAUAUCCUAAGAAAUAUUUUUCUUCCAGAAUAAUAAGUAAACGUUCUUUAAAUAUCUGAUAUUUUGUUAAACAAUUUAUUAAUUAUUUAUUCAUUUUUAAUUAUUGUAUAUUCACAUCUUUAAAGUUUUGUCCAUACAAUGCCUGACGAUGGAAAGGUUUUAUUUGAAGUAACUCAUACUGUAUCAAAGUUAAGAGCUAUUGAAUCAGAUAUCAUAAGAAAUAUAUUUCUUCCAGAAUAAUAAGUAAAAGUUCUUUAUAUAAUAUUUUGUUCAACAAUUUAUUAAUUAUUUAUUCAUUUUUAAUUAUAAUAUUUCAUUUUUUUCAACAACAAUAAAAUAUGACUUAAAGCAUGUUUCAUAUUUAUUUGCAUUCAGACAAAAUAAAUCCAAAUCAAUGGUCAUGCUUAAAAUAUUUAUUUAAAAUGAGGUUUAUUUUUUUCCUUUCUAAAACUAAAUUUAGCGUUUUUUUAUUUUAGAAUUUGUAUUUUAUAAAAAAAAAAUAUAAUUUAUGAAAUUUAAUUGUGUUUAUAAAUGGAGAUUGUUACAUUAUUAUACCAAUUCCCAUAAUUACACAUUAGUAUAAUAAUACAUUACAUUGGUAUGAUGAUACAUUAUUAUACCAAUUCUUAUAGUUUCCAUACAAUAAAAAUUUUGAAAAAAAAUAUUAAGCUCUAAAUUUUUAUUUUUCAAGAAUUGUUAAGGGAAAGAAAUUUUGAAUUCUGUAAUUUCAACUUCAGUAUAAAAUGAUAUACAAUAAAUUUAUAUUUUUUAUAAUCUGAAAUAUUCUUGGUUUCUAAGUUAGAUAAUAUUGAAUAAUUAUAAAAAAAAAUUUUUAAUGGAAUUAUAAGGAUAAUCAGGACAAAAUGAAGAACUUUCUGCAAAAAAUAAAUUUCAUACAAAAACUUUCUGUAAGCAAUUUAUUAUUUUAUUCUUGUAAUUAAUUUCAACUAUUUCAUCUCCACCUAAUUCAGACAAAAAACUUUCGAAAAUCACUGAUUUUUAUUAAAAGAGUUU